AUGGCAGACUUAUUGAACGCGGAGAAUUUGGAUCCUUUAGUGGAGACAGCUUCUGAUCUCGUGGACCAAAUAAAGAAGAACGAGACUCUAAUAGCCAAGUUGGUAGAAACUGUGGAUACUUUCAGAACGGAAGCAGAUUCAGACACUGAACCACUUAAUUGUGGCACCACAGCAGAUGUUGAUUUGGUUCACCGUCACUUGGUGAACAAAUACCCGGAGUUCAAUGAAAAAGGUCAUGAUAUCCAUAAAAAUGUGACACGUCAGAUAAACGGAUGCAGCACUGAUAACAACUGUGAUAGUGUUGCAGCUGACAUUAUCAUAUUGGAAAAGAUGAUUAACUCUCGUAAACAACGUAAUGCAGCACUUUGUGAGGUGCUUGAUAAAUAUGAUAAGUUUCUUCAUACUGAAUGUGUUCCAAAGUUGACUCAACUUCUACGCAAUGAUAGUACCGAGGAUGCCACUCGGGUAGAGACGGCUAUGCAUCAGAAACAUCAGUUAACUCAACAGAACCUUUGGCCCCUCUACCAGGAAUACAUCAAAAUGAUGGGUACACUCGGGGAAGCGGAAGCCGCUUUGGGACAGGUCAAUAUACUUAAUGAUGGUACGUUUCUAAAUGCAAUUACAUUGGAUCGAAUAGCCACAUUGGAAUCUGUUGAUCAUCGUUAA